UCAGUGUAGUUAGAGCUUGUUAAGGGGCUAGUAAAAUGACCGAAGAGGUAGAUACAUCGCAAUUCAACGCCGACGAGCUGCAGCCACCAGCUUGGCUGGAUGCCGACUUUAUUGAGCAGGCCCUGAGUUCAUACGAAAAGGUGCCACUGCAAGUAACCGAUCUGAAAAUAACCCCAGCCACUGCCCAGGGAGAUCACUAUGCCAGUGUCAUGUUCCGAACUGUGGCGGAGUACACCACCGCGAAGGGAAAGUUCUCCAAAGCACUGAUCGUUAAGACGAUGCCGGAGCAGGAAGGCCACAAGAAGGAUAUUCUCUCGGAGUCGCACAUCUUCGAAACAGAAAUCCUGAUGUACAGCAAGGCUCUGCCGGAGUUCGAGAGAAUCCUCCGGGAGGCUGGGGACAAUACCAAGCUCUAUGUGCCGUGCGUCUACCACAGUCUGGAGCCGCGGAAGGUGAUGAUCUUCGAGGACCUGGUGCCGCUGGGAUACACCGUCAUUCGGGAUCGCCCUGCCACCAAAGAGGAACUGGAAAAAGUCUUUUCCAAGUUGGCCAAAUGGCAUGCAGUCAGCAUGAAAGUUAUAAAUGAGAAACCUGACUUCCUCAAGGAAUUUAAAUAUGGCAUGUGGGACACAUCUGCCUUUUUGAGCGAUCCCAUGGUCACCACUGGGGUUCCGUGUUUUCUGGAGAUGCUGGACAAGGUUCCGGAACUAACGAAGUACAAGCCGUAUUUUGAAAAAAUAAAGGAGAACUACCUUCAGCGGAUAAGUGAAAUUAUGCUGGGGUACCGUUCCAAUCCGCAGGCGAAUGUCUAUUAUGUGCUCUGCCACGGCGACUUCCAUAUUCGCAAUAUGAUGUUCAAGAACAACAAGGAAACAGGAGCCUUCGAGGACGUUAUGCUGGUGGAUUUUCAGGUCAGCAAUGUUUGUCCCAUCACCAUCGACCUUACGUACUCCAUCUACAUGCUGAUGGAGUCGAAGGAGCGCUGUGACCUCGGAAGGGAUUUCAUCAAUUACUAUUUCUCCGUUUUGGUGGACACUCUGAAGAAAGUGGGCUUCAAGGGUGAAAUGCCCACCCAGAGUGGUUUGUGGGAUCAAAUUCGUGCACAUAAGUAUUAUGACUUCUUCCUAAUGACUUCUUUCCUGACCAUAAUACUCGCCAUUAAAACGAAUAGUUUAAAAUUGACAGAUGUACUUUUGGACCCUGAAACAAAACAAAAGUCGUAUUUCUUGGAUGCUUACCUCAACGAUGUUAAAAAGCUGUUGCCUAAAUUCGAGGAAAUGGGUUAUUUUAAAAAUUUAUAAUACGUUUUUGAUCAAAAUAAAUAUUAUAGGGUAG